UACAGUAAACAAAAUUGUCAAGGACGGUUAUCAUACAAGUUUAAUUUUACUCCGAUUUCGCACAAAAAUGUGUUCAAUCGAUUGUGAUAGUGUUCAGUGAAUAUUAUUUGAACGUGUUAAAAUAAUUUUUGCAGUAUUUAGAGCUAUUUAAUGAAGUGCGACAAGCGAGUUUGACAGCCAUCUCCGAUCCUAACCUCAAAAUCUGCGGUUGACUCAUUUGGUACUUGACACUUGACGGUGCCUCACCUAUUUUUCAAAGUGGAUAAACAUACGUGGCAGUUUUUAUCUAAAAAGCUCUCUCUAAAUACUUCACGAGUAGGUUUAUGGUAUUAUGCAUGAGAAGAGAAAGAAGUUAAGUCAUAUGCGUGCCUUAAUUCUUGUCGGGGGUUAUGGAACGAGACUUCGUCCAUUAACCCUCAGUCGUCCAAAACCACUCGUUGAGUUUGCAAAUAAGCCAAUGUUGUUGCAUCAAAUCGAGGCUUUGGUUGAGAUAAAUGUAACCGAAGUUAUAUUAGCCGUAUCAUAUCGCGCUGAGCAAAUGGAAAAAGAAUUGGAACAAGAAGCAGUAAAAUUGGGAAUUAAUUUAAUAUUCUCGCACGAGGCAGAACCUUUGGGAACAGCAGGACCAUUGGCACUUGCAGCUGAAAUUCUUCGAAGUGGAGAUGAACCUUUCUUUGUUUUGAACUCAGACGUAAUUUGUGAUUUUCCAUUUAAACAGCUACUUCAAUUUCACAAAAAUCAUGGUCGAGAAGGCACGAUUGUCGUCACCAAAGUCGAGGAACCGUCCAAAUAUGGAGUUGUUAUUUACGAUGAACAUGGCAAAAUUGACCGUUUCAUUGAGAAACCAAAAGAAUUUGUUUCGAAUAAAAUAAACGCAGGUUUAUACAUUUUCAAUCCAAGUAUUUUGGAUAGGAUAGAACUUCGGAACAUGAGCAUCGAAAAAGAAGUAUUUCCAAAUAUGGCUAGCGAUGGUGAAUUAUAUGCUAUGGAUUUGGUAGGAUUCUGGAUGGAUGUAGGUCAGCCUAAAGAUUUUCUAACUGGAAUGUGCUUGUACCUCACAUCAUUGAGCCAGAAAUCACCUGAAAAAUUACACUCUGGUCCCGGAAUAAUUGGUAACGUUAUGAUUGAUCCAACUGCCAAAAUUGGAAAGGAUUGCCGAAUCGGUCCUAAUGUUACCAUAGGUCCUGGAGUGACAAUAUCCGAUGGAUGUUGCGUAAAAAAAUCAACUAUUCUUGCAUCUGCAAUUAUCAAAGAACACGCGUGGUUGGAAGGGUGUAUAAUAGGAUGGAAGAGCGUUGUUGGUAGAUGGGUGAGAAUGGAAGGAACGACCGUUUUGGGCGAAGAUGUUAUCGUAAAGGAUGAAUUAUACAUCAACGGUGGUCAAGUAUUACCGCAUAAAAGUAUCGCUGCCUCAGUACCAGAACCCCAAAUUAUAAUGUGAAGAAUUUAGAACAAUGUAAUGUACUCAAAAAUGUACUCAAUUUUAUUGGUUAAAGGUUUUUAUGCCUUGUGCAAUAUGUUUGUAAAUAUUUUAUAAUAUUUAUGAAAUAUUUCAAUAUUAAACAUUUUUAAUUAAGAUUAACUUGCUGUUCAAGUGGAAAUUAGCUUCCCCUUGUUUUCUCUUUGCUCUCUUAGAUUGAAGUUCAGGCGCAGAAUUUUAUUUGAAACAUUACAGAUAUUUAUAAAAAGUCAAAAUUAUUUUUAUUUCAUUCUAACAGUAUAACAUGAAAACUACUGUUUUUGCUAUGAAUAUAUACAAAAUAAACAAAUGUUCUUAAGCCAAA